GGAGAGGAGAGCUCGCAUCGUUUUGGUUUCCUCUUCCUCCUCUCAAAAAGUAAAUAACAAAAAAAAAAUUAGGGUUUCCUCUUUCCAUUCCCUCCUUGCUGCAGCCGCCACCUCUUCCCCUCCCUUUCCCGUCGAGAGCAGAGCAUCAACCCCACCGGCCGGACUCCUCGCCUACCUCGCCGUCUUCGCCAUCUUCUCGCGCUGCUCCUUUUUGUUGGCUCUCUGGGGGUGGCGAUUUCGUCGGAUUUGAGUCGGGGAACGGAGUGGAGAACGCCGGGUUGAUUUGUAGAACGGCGGAUCGAGGUGGGGUACGGCGAAUUCGAUCUGAGUUGAAAGAGCACCCAAUUGAGCAAUGGCAGCACAAGCAGGGAACCCAGUGAACCAUACUAUAAGUCCCCAUGUGAUCAGUGGUAUAUUUGUUCAGCAAUAUUACCACAUUCUACACGAGUCACCUGAUCAGGUGCACAAAUUUUAUCAAGAUUCCAGCAUUCUUGGUCGACAAGAUUCUAAUGGGACCAUGGUGUCUGUAAGCACUCUGCAUGAUAUCAACGAAAAAAUUAUGUCUAUGGACUUCAGGAACUGCUUAACAGAGAUAGAGACUGCAGAUGCGCAAUUAUCUCACAAGGAUGGGGUGCUCAUUGUUGUUACUGGAUCCUUAACUUCAUAUGAAGGCAUUUGUCGUAGAUUUACCCAGUCAUUCUUCCUAGCUCCGCAAGAAAGUGGUGGCUAUUUCAUUCUCAAUGAUGUGUUUAGAUUUAUAGCGGAAAGGCUACCAGCGGAGAUAAAUAAUGUUGUCACUCAAGAAAAUGAAGACAGCCAGAAUGCUAAAUCUGCAUCUGAAACAGAAACUACUCCAGUUGACAAGAGUCUGAUCUCAGACCAUGUGGAAGUGGAGAAUAGUGUCACAGAGGGGCAAGUUAUUAACCCCGCUGUUAAUGGCACUACUGUUGAAAAUAAUGUUACUGUCAAGCCACCUGUGCAAGUGGCCAAAGAGGAUGCCCAAAAGGCCCUUGUUGCUACUGCUCCCCUUCCUUCUGCUCCUACUAAGACGGAUGUUACCAAGAAAUCUUAUGCAUCCAUUGUGAAGGUCAUGAAGGAGGGCCCGACAGCUCCACCAGUAGCCAAACCAACUCCAUCAGUUGCCAAAAAUAAGCCGGCACCUAAACCUGUCACCAAGGUUGUUGAAGGUUCAGAAAAGUCUUCUGCAAAACCUACACAGACGACCGAAACCGCUCCAAGUGUUAGGGAUGCUGCUGACAACAAUUCUUCUCGUGAUGAUCAAGGGUACUCAGUUUUUGUCAAGAGUUUGCCUUCCAAUGCGACUGUUCAAAUGGUUGAGGAGGAGUUUAAGAAGUUUGGUGCUAUCAAGCCAGGUGGCAUUCAAGUUAGGAACAAUAAGACUGAUCGUUACUGCUUUGGCUUUAUCGAAUAUGAGUCCCAGCAGUCUAUGCAAGCAGCAAUUGAGGCAUCUCCAAUUCAUAUCGGUGAGAAAGAAGUCUAUGUCGAGGAGAAACGAACCACUACACGAGUUGUGAAUGGUGUGGUCAUCACUCGCGGCGACAAUGGUGGAGGUGGCCAUUUCCAAUCAGGCAGGGGAGUGUACCGUGGUGAUAAUUUCAGAGGACUUGGAGGCGGCUACGCAAACAGUUCCAAUUACCGAGGCGGCGAUAACUUCAACGUCAGGAACGACGAGAACUUAAACCGGAGGAAUGACGACGAGAACUUUAACCGCCGGAGGAACGACUUCAGAAAUCGGAAUGAGUUCUCUGGUCGCGGACGGGGGCCACCACCAGGGAACGGCUAUCACUACACUGGGAAUGGUUUCCAUCCAUCUCGACCCUUCCAGAAUGGGAAUGGGAAUGGGAGGUACACCCGUGUCAAUGUCCCUAAGCAAUUACCGGCUCCUGCGUAGAGGUACCACCGGGUGAUUUUCGUCCAAGUGUAAGGAUUAGUGUAGGAACAUUGCUGAUCAGACAGUUCCAGAGGCAUCAAAGAAAUUUUGUUCUGUCAGAGGUCGCUACCAGCUAAGUAGUGGCAGUCGUCCAUUUUGUGGUAGGUGAAUUUUGUUGAUUUGUUGCCGUUGACUAGCGUCGAUUGGUUGGUGGUUGUCCAUAACUGUGUCGUCUGCCGAUCAGAAGUGGAAAAUUGGACACUGAUUUUGUUUAACAA